AGGAGAAAGACGAGACAAAAGGAAGAAGGAGGUUGGGGUGAUUUGUCCACUCCACAUUGGGAAUAAGGAUGGCUUUAUUCACUGAGCCUCCAGGAUGCCCCUGAUACCUCACUCAGUAUGAUAAAGGUGGAUGCAGACAGUGUGGAGUAUAAACAGUGACUUCAGCAACAUGGAUGGAGAAAUUUGUAACAAACUCAAGACUGAGAAGGAGAUGGCGUGAUAUGUAUCAGCACGUGAUCCUGUGGUCAAAGGGAAACCAUAUAAGCAAGUGAACAUGAGUCUGGUUGUCAAAGUUACCAGUUGUACUACACAGACAAAGAAACAGAACUGCGAGAACUACAUCUCAUCACUGAAUAACAUGGAGGAGCCAUUUACCACAUAUAUGACCACAGAAAGUGAUUAUGCUGAAUCUGGUCCUUCUGACUACCCAGAUGACUAUGGUUCAGGGUUUAAUGAAAACACAGGCAUGUGUGACAGAAGCUGGGUCAGGGAGUUUCGUGGACAGUAUGAACCACCUCUCUUCUGGAUCAUCUUCAUCCUUGGUGCCGUGGGUAAUCUGAUGGUGGUUUGGAUCUACACCACCGUGCGCAACCGCCUGAAAACAAUGACCGACGUGUACCUGCUAAACCUGGCUGUGGCUGACCUCCUCUUCCUGUGCAUGCUGCCCUUCUGGGCUGUUGAUGCCACCAAGGGCUGGGACUUUGGCAUCUGUCUCUGCAAAAUGGUAUCAGCUGUCUAUAAAAUCAACUUCUUCAGCAGCAUGCUCCUACUCACCUGCAUCAGCGUGGACCGCUACAUUGCUAUUGUGCAGGUCACCAAGGCCCAGAACCUAAAGAAGAAGAGGCUGUUCUACAGCAAACUCGCCUGCCUGAUCGUCUGGUUUGUCUCCAUUCUCCUGGCCCUACCUGAGUUUAUCUUCGCCCAGGUGAAGGAGGACAAAUCGGGCCAGUCCUUCUGUGCUCUGGUCUACUGGAGCAACGUGUACAACCGGACUAAGAUUCUGGUUCUGUCCCUGCAGAUCUGCAUGGGCUUUUUCCUUCCUCUACUAGUUAUGUGCUUUUGUUACUUUGUCAUCAUUCGCACACUUCUGCAGGCCAGAAGCUUUGAAAAGCACAAGGCCUUACGUGUCAUCUUUGCUGUGGUGUUUGUGUUUGUUAUCUCUCAGCUGCCUCACAAUGGUCUGCUGAUAAUGGAGGCCACACAGGCGGCCAAUACUACCAUCACCGAUUGUAAAACUGUAAUUGGUUUUGAUGUUGCUGGACAGGUUGCUAAGACCCUGGCGUUCACUCAUGCCUGCCUAAACCCAUUCCUGUACGUCUUCAUUGGAGUGCGGUUCAGACAAGACCUCCUGAGGAUUGUGAAGAUGUGUGCUUGCGGUCUGGGCAAAGGAGGGCUCAGUAAAAUACAGGCAGUUCCCAAACGUCCCUCUGUCAUGUCAGACACUGAAACUACCCCUGCCCUUUCCAUAUAAAUGCGCAUUUUCCUAAAAUCCCAAAUCUGAAACCUGAGCCUAUAGUUCAACUAACAUGUAUUAUAUUACCAUUUUUUCCCUAAUGCAUUAAUUGCUACUAGCAGAGCACUGACAACAUUUUCAACUUUCAAAGCAACACAAUCUUUAGAGUUUACAUUCAUUACAUUCAUAUUCUGGCAGUCACAAGCACAGUUUUUCUGGAGUCACUGUAUAAACUGUACAUUUGUGUAAAUACUGUUUUUUUUAAGUGUUUGUAUUUUUACAUUUGUUCCAUCAUAUAUUUGUCGUGUGCUGCUGUAACUGAAUAAAAAAAACUAUUGUAAUGUUCAUUUUCAGUCGGUAAAAAACAUAAAUUAAAAAUGAGAAAAA